AUGGCACUCAAGAGAAUCCAGAAGGAGUUACAAGAUUUGGGACGCGAUCCACCGGCACAGUGCUCUGCCGGACCUGUAGGCGAUGAUCUGUUCCAUUGGCAAGCUACAAUCAUGGGACCUCCUGAGUCUCCAUAUCAAGGGGGAGUCUUUUUCCUCACGAUUCACUUCCCGACAGAUUAUCCUUUUAAACCACCAAAGGUCGCUUUUACAACGAGAAUCUAUCACCCUAAUAUAAAUUCGAACGGCAGUAUUUGUUUGGAUAUUCUUAGAUCGCAGUGGUCUCCAGCAUUGACUAUAUCGAAAGUUCUGUUGUCGAUCUGCUCACUACUAUGCGAUCCAAAUCCUGAUGAUCCCUUGGUGCCCGAAAUCGCUCGAAUCUAUAAAACAGAUCGCGACCGGUACAAUCAGUUGGCACGUGAAUGGACACAGAAGUACGCGAUGUGA